AAACAUAAAAGAGCUAGUGGGAGAGAGAGAUUCUGUGUGUGGAAAUAUUUGAGCUGCAAUUGAAAACCUCCCUCUCUUCCCUCCUUUCUUGCUUCACAUCUUUUCACUCUCAAGAGCCUAUAAAUACCUCAAAUGUUCAACAUUUUUUUUUCUCACACAACACAUACCUCCUUAUAACUUAUCUUAAUUUCUUCUUCUUUCACCAUUCACCUACAAUUACAACUAUACAAGCCUGAAGAACGUACUCACACUAAACCAUUAUUAUAAUUAGACAUGGAACUCAGCACUAUUAUGUUGUGCUUGUUUGCUUCUUUCCUAUCCAUUCUUCUGUUCAAAUCACUCAUCAAACCUUUCUUCUUCUCUUCCAAAGGGAGACAAUUGCCACUUCCUCCUGGGACCAUGGGUUUGCCUUACAUAGGAGAAACCUUCCAAAUGUAUUCUCAAGACCCAAAUGUUUUUUUUGCCACAAAAAUCAAGAGGUAUGGCUCCAUGUUUAAGUCACACAUUUUGGGUUAUCCUUGUGUGAUGAUUUCUGACCCAGAAGCAGCAAAGUUUGUGCUGAACAAAGCUCAACUCUUCAAACCAACAUUUCCUGCAAGCAAAGAGAGGAUGUUGGGAAAGCAAGCAAUUUUCUUUCACCAAGGAGCAUACCAUGCUAACCUUAGAAAGCUUGUUCUUCGCACCUUCAUGCCUGAGGCCAUCAAAGACAAAGUCUCUAACAUUGAAUCCAUUGCCCUAAGUUGCCUCAAAUCAUGGGAAGGAAAAAUGAUCACAACUUUCCUUGAAAUGAAAACCUUUACCUUCAAUGUGGCCCUGCUUUCAAUUUUUGGAAAGGAUGAAAACCUCUAUGGAGAAGCUCUGAAGAGAUGCUACUGCACCCUCGAGAGAGGGUACAAUUCAAUGCCAAUAAACCUUCCAGGAACACUGUUCCACAAGGCCAUGAAGGCAAGGAAAGAGCUUGCACAGAUCUUGGCUCAAAUCAUCUCAACAAGGAGGAACAUGAAGCAAGAUCACAACAACGACUUGUUGGGCUCGUUCAUGAGUGAAAAAGCAGGACUCACUGAUGAGCAAAUAGCAGAUAACAUCAUUGGUGCUAUUUUCGCUGCUCGUGACACCACUGCCACUGUACUUACUUGGAUUGUUAAGUACCUUGGUGAAAAUCCGAGUGUCCUAGAAGCUGUAACUGAAGAGCAAGAGUCCUUAUUAAGAGGCAAGGAAGAAAGUGGAGAAAAAAUGGGUCUGAAUUGGUCAGACACAAAAAAUAUGCCAGUGACAUCCAGGGUGAUACAAGAGACUCUAAGAAUAGCAUCAAUUUUGUCUUUUACUUUCAGAGAAGCUGUAGAGGAUGUUGAAUUUCAAGGGUAUCUCAUACCAAAAAGAUGGAAAGUAUUACCCCUUUUUAGAAACAUCCACCACAGUCCAGACAACUUCAAAGAGCCAGAGAAGUUUGAUCCUUCAAGAUUUGAGGUUGCUCCAAAACCCAAUACUUUUAUGCCAUUUGGCAAUGGGACACGUGCAUGUCCUGGCAAUGAAUUAGCCAACUUGGAGAUUUUGGUGUUUUUACAUCACCUAACCACAAAAUACAGGUGGUCUUUGAUAGGUGCAAAAAAUGGGAUUCAAUAUGGCCCUUUUGCCAUUCCACAGAAUGGAUUGCCCAUAACACUAUAUCCCAAGAAUUAAAUAUCACUCGGAUAAAAAGUGGAGGCACACUAACCAUGGCAUGGAAGCAACUUGCUAAAUAUGGAAAAAUAACUCUUCCAAAGAUAUUUAAAUUUGUUAACCAGAGAAAGUGAUGAAAGUGACCAUAUAAUAUAAACAAAGGGAGAUCAAUUUUCCCCCUUUUUUUUUUAACCAAAGAGGAAGUCUUGAGAUUAUCAUACUCAGAGGGAAGGCAGAUCUCCAUCAUGUUUUUUUUACCGCUUUUCUUUUUCAUUUUCCACUUCUAAAUGUUCCAUUUUUUCCUUUUACUUUCUAUUUUCUUCAAAUAUGGCGAGGAAAAUUCCUCGUAAGAUUGGAUGUAUUGAACUGCCUAGUUUUGUAUCCAUGCAAUACAGAAACAAGAAAAUGAAGAUGAAAGAUUUUA